CCGGCAUUCGAACGAGUUUCACAUUAGGCGACGUGCUGAGCGCUCGCUGACGGCUGUUGACUCGUUAAUUCGCAUCAUUUAUUAUUGGUAACGGAACGUGCCAGAGCUUGAAAACGAAUUGAAUAAAUCGUUCCAUUGAAAAUAAGCAAAACAGUAACAAUGUCGCUAAAGCGGCAGCUCUUAAUUUUAUUCGGGAGCAUUGGUCUCCUGUCUGUGGUACAUGCUGCCACAAUUACGACCCCAGAGACCAUGGUGGUGUCCAGAUCGGAUGAUGCGGAAACUGAAGCAACGCUAGAUGUAGAUACAGUAACGGAGGGACCUGUUCAACCAAUAAAACUGACGAAGAUGGAUGUGAAGUCCGUGAUAUCUAUGCGAUACGCUCACACGGCUAUUGUAGCGCAUGUGCGAAAUGCUGCAAACAAAUCUCAAGAAGCCAACUUUAGGGUGUUACUCCCCGACACAGCUUUCAUCAGCGGAUUUGUUAUGACUCUGGAUGGAAAAUCUUACAAAGCGUACGUCAAAGAAAAGAAAGAGGCUGCUCAAAUAUACCAGACAGCGGUAUCACAAGGAAUUGGUGCCGCACACAUCGCUGCCAGAGCACGUGACUCGAACCAUUUCACUGUAUCCGUGAACGUGGAGGCUUUCACCAAAGCCACAUUCAAUUUGACAUACGAAGAGUUGUUGGAGUAUCGGAACGGUGUUUACAAUCAUGCAGUCAAUCUGCAACCAGGGCAACUGGUUUCCGAUUUCACUGUCACCAUUGACAUUCGGGAGUCGAACAAAAUCACCGAACUGAGGGUGCCGGAGAUCAGAACCGGAAAUGAAAUCGACGCUACAAAAGAUGACGAACAAAUUUCUAAUGCAGAAAUUACGCGGUGCGAUAAUGGAGCUGUAAUUUUGUUUAAGCCCGAUUUAGAUGAGCAAAAAAGAUUGAUGUCAGUCUAUGCAGAAAAAUCCAAAGACUCCCUUCGGGGUAAUGUUGAGGGUGUUCUUGGACAAUUCGUGGUUCAGUACGAUGUUGAACGACCAAAAGACGGCGAAGUUCUUGUAAAUGGUGGUUACUUCGUCCAUUUCUUCGCACCGGCGGACCUGGCACCGCUUCGUAAAUAUGUCGUUUUCGUCUUGGACACGUCAGGAUCUAUGUACGGACGGAAGAUUGAACAGUUAAAACAGGCGAUGCAGACAAUCCUAAGCGAACUAAACCCCGGAGAUUACUUCAGCAUUCUAUCCUUCGAUUCUGAUGUUUUGGUGACUGACAUAGCAGAUGCCGAUAAGGAACCACCGAAACGAAAGUAUUCGUACUACGAUCGUCACGAUGUGAAGCCGACGCUAAAGCCGGCAUCGAAAGCGACUCCGGAGAAUAUAGCACGAGCUAAGAUCAUCAUCGACAGACUUGAAGCAAACGGAGGUACCAACAUUGAUGCUGCGCUCGGUACUGCCAUAGAUCUAAUCAGGAACAGAUCAGAGCUUUUUGCCAAUUCAACAUCUUCCAACAAAGAUGAAAUCCUGUCUUUGGAGCCCAUCAUCAUAUUCCUGACGGAUGGCGAUCCGACUGUCGGUGAAAUGAACCCGAAAACAAUAAUUAAAAAUGUCGCUGAAAAGAAUUACGGAAGUGAUGAAGCCACGAUAUUUUCACUUGCUUUCGGUGAGGAUGCGGAUCCCAAGCUCCUGCGCAAGUUGUCGCUCCGCAACAACGGUUUUGCGCGACACAUCUACGAGGCCUCAGACGCGGCGCUGCAGCUGCGCGACUUCUACAGACAGGUCUCCUCGCCUCUGCUGUCACAUGUCAAAUUUGUCUACGCACCGGAUCAGGUGAUCGAAAGCAGUGUGACCAAGACCAAGUUCCGUACGUACUACGCGGGGUCCGAGGUGGUGGUCGCCGGGCAGGUCGAUACCGCGACGCGGGACCUCGAGUCCACCGUCGAGGCCUUCUGCGGCGAUGAGAACGACCACUUCCUGAGGAAAAAAAUCACAAAGAAAAUCAAAGUUCCGGUACCCGUCGAGAAAAGUGAUUUACCCCUUGAACGUCUAUGGGCCUAUCUCACUAUCAAGCAAUUGCUCGACGCAAGCGAUGCCUCCGACGCUACUGAAGAAGAGAAGAAGAAAGAGACAAGUCCUGAGCAGCAGGCCCUUAAAAUAGCUUUGAAGUACGAGUUUGUGACGCCGCUAACUUCUCUGGUGGUAGUGAAGCCUAACGAGACGGACGCAGUGAACGCUGAGCCGGUCGGCGAUCGGGAAAGCGGUCAAAAAUAUGGACUGUUAUCCUUGACAGAUUCGCAUCGCCAACCCAUCAGUAGCCCAGCCAUGUAUCGGCCGUCACUAAAUGCAAUGUCACCUCUUGCCUUUUCGGCCUUCCCAAAUAGAGGUUAUACUGCAUUUAAUAAAAGGCCUGUUCAAGCAUUAUUUUCACAAGAUUCAAUGAGAGUGGAGUCGGAGGCCGUUGACGAUUACGAUUAUGAGCAAAGAUUUGGUGUGGAUCCUCCAUCGACUCCUGUUGCCUAUGCACCACCAGCAUGGUCUACAACGCCGGUGAUCGAACAAUCAACCACCAGCAACGGCAGCAACUACCAUUUACAAGAGUAUCCCUGGGCAGAGCCCUACGUUGAUGUCUCCAGUGAUAGCUUAGUUUUUGUAGCCGCCAAUAACACUAUCACAUUAAAACUAGUUAGCUCAUCUGAGCCUCCUAAAUCAGAAAGUGAAUGCUCUAAGCCAGUGAGCGGCGACGCGGGCCGGUGCGUGUAUCUCACACGCUGUCAAGCCGCUCGGAACAUCACCAUCGACACCUACAAAUCUCACUACUGUGACGUCGCUGGGUUCGCUGGAGUUUGCUGUCCCCAAGACAGCAUUGCAGUGUAGUAAAUUUGUAUUAUUAUAUCCCCUAUUCUGUUUGUUACCGCGUCUGUUGUCACUUAAAUUUUCAAUUAAUCACCGUUCACGGGCAUGUUAGACUUCAAAUAAUGUAACUUUGUAAUUGUACUCUUUUCUUAAUUCAUCACAAUAACGUAGUUUCGAAGCCCAGAAUUUAUAUUUAAUUAUUAUUAAUUGUUAAUACGUUUACAUUACAUAAUUAAGUAUUGUAUGAAAUGAUAAAAAUAAAAAAUGCUAGAAGGUAAUUUCAAAAUUCAUUUAAGAAAUAAAGCAAAUAUCAAAACAUUUUUUUCCACUUUAAUUUGAAUCUCUUGGUCAUCUGGAAACAUUGUGUCUAUAAAUACUUAUUCUAUAGCAGUCUGUGACAUUAUUUUAUGUAAAGAAAAAAUAAUGUUGUAAAAUAAAUGUAUUAAAUGGAAAUAGAUUAGGGAUAAUAA